GAUAGAAUCAAGUUUUCUAUCAAGAAAUAAUCUCUGUAAAAUCCUUCUCCCUUGUUCAAAAACAUCAAUGUCUUUCUUGUGUAUUUCUACAACACACAUGCUAGGUCAAUACAUAAGUUGACGGUCAACUAACGGUUGACAUUAAGUGGUAGUAUUUUGAAAACAAUUAUAUUAUAUAAGAUAAUUUUUUGGAAAAAAAUUAAAUUAGAUAUUUUUUUUGUAAAAGGAUGUAGUUUUUUAUAAUUUAAAGUAUAGUAGUUCUUUGUUAUUUGAAUAUACGUUCGGUCAGAUAAAAGGCGGGAAGAUGCAAUUGAGCCCAAAAAUAAUCUUCUUCAACCUUCAAUCUUUCACUGAAUUCGUGUAACUUCAAUUUCACAUAGAGGAGAGAAAAAAUCGUCGACAAACCCUAAUUUUGUUGGUAGAAGAUAACAAUUAUUGGAUCAAAAUCAGCUGAAAUGGAAAGAAUUUAUGUAACUGUUAGGGCGAGGCCCCUUUCUACCGAAGACGCUAAAUCAAGUCCUUGGAAAAUUUCCGGCAACUCCAUUUCUUUUCUUAAUUCCUCUUCUAAGUUCGACUUUGACAAGGUUUUUGGAGAAGAGUGUAAGACUAAGGAGGUUUAUGAAGCUCGUACUCAGGAAAUUGUUUCUGCAGCUGUUUCCGGAUUCAAUGGCACUGUAUUUGCAUAUGGGCAAACAAAUAGUGGGAAAACGCAUACGAUGCGAGGAUCUUCUAGUGAACCAGGAGUCAUCCCUCUUGCUGUUAGGGAGUUGUUUGAUAUAAUUCAUGAGGUUCCUGACCGGGAGUUUCUUUUGCGGAUGUCCUAUUUGGAGAUUUAUAAUGAAGAGAUCAAUGACCUGUUGGUUCCUGAACACAGAAGACUGCAGAUUCAUGAAAGCCUUGAUCGGGGAAUAUAUGUAGCUGGUUUGCGUGAAGAAAUUGUUGCCUCACCCGAUCAGGUCCUUGAUCUUAUGGAAUUCGGAGAAUCUCAUCGGCACAUUGGAGAAACUAAUAUGAACCUGUAUAGUAGCAGAUCUCAUACAAUAUUUCGUAUGAUAAUUGAGAGUCGUGAUAAAUCAGGAGAUGAAGAGUCUAGCGACUCUUGUGAUGCUGUCCGUGUCUCUGUUUUGAAUCUAGUUGAUCUUGCUGGUUCAGAACGUGCUGCGAAAACAGGAGCAGAAGGUGUACGCUUGAAAGAAGGUUCUCAUAUUAAUAAAAGCUUGAUGACUCUCGGAACUGUCAUAAAAAAGCUCAGUGAAGGUGCUGAGAGUCAAGGCGGUCAUGUUCCUUACCGAGAUAGCAAGCUUACGCGUAUCCUGCAACCUUCCCUUGGAGGAAAUGCUAAUACAGCUAUAAUUUGCAAUAUCACUCUCGCACAGAUUCACGCAGAUGAGACCAAAAGUAGUCUUCAGUUUGCUAGCAGGGCAUUACAAGUCACUAACUGUGCACAUGUUAAUGAGAUCUUAACAGAUGCUGCCUUACUGAAGCGGCAGAAAAAAGAAAUUGAGCAGCUUCGUGCUAAAUUGCAGGCUUCUCCAUCAGAACAUCUUGAAGAAGAAAUUCUUAACUUAAGGAACACAUUAUUACAGACUGAGUUAGAAAGAGAGCGAAUAGCUCUGGAGCUGGAAGAGGAGAAAAGAGCACAAGUGGAGCGUGAGAAGAUGCUUGAACAACAGGCAAAGAAAAUCAAGAACUUGAGUUCUAUGGUAUUAUACUCAAACAGGGAUGAAAUUCGUGAUCACCCUAAAAAGGACAAGCGGCGGGAUACAUGGUGCCCUGGAAAAGUCACACGGGAGGCUGCUGGAGAAGUAUGUAAAUUACUGCAAAAUUUGACUUGUACACAAGACAGAAUUAUAUACCAUGCAUCUCACAUGUUGGAUUCAAGGGCAUCUAGUAUAACGAGACAAGAGUGUGAUCAAAGACCUCUUAUUCCUUUUGAAGAACUUGUGACUGAAAGUGAAGCUGUAGGUGAUGUCUCUAGCAAAUCCAAAGAAAAUAAUGAUAAAAACAAUUCAGGUGAUUGUGUGCUUCCCGACCCAUGUACCCUGCUCAAUGUCACUAGCAGGAGAAAAAUGCCACAAAAGAAAACAUCCUUGCCUAUGGAGAACCAUGAGUUACAUGAAUUGCAAGCAGCGUACGAGGAUCUUUUCGUAAAAUCUGAAAUUCAGAGGAUCAUGUAUGAAGUACAAUUUGACUGUUUGAAAAGAACUCUGUCCGAAGCCUGUGCUGAGAACCUGGACCAUUCCACUUGUCCAGAUGACACUUCUCAAUGUCGUGAUAAUAGUACCCAGUCAUUAGAUACAGAUGCUACAAAUUUGAUUGAACAGCUAAGAGAACAGAUUAAGGUGUUGGAAGUGGAAAAACUAUCAAGUGAACAGAACUUAGAAAGCGUUGUCGAUUUUGCAAAAAAACAGAAUACUUUUGCUGCCAAAAAAUGUGAUGAGCUUUAUGAAGAGCUCCAGACUGCAAAACAGGAGGCCUUGGAGGCACGCAGUGAAUUGCGUCUAAGAAAUGCUGAAUCAAUGGAGGAAAGCAAUUUAAACUCAACAUCAGAGCUUUUAUUGGAGGUUCAACAAAUAUGUGAAGAAGUACAAAGCUUGAGUCCUUUUUCAGAAUACAUCUCAUCAGUCACUGAAGAACUUUUACAGGGCCAUUCUUAUGCACUAAAAGAAUUAUCUAAUUUGAAAUCUGAUAUAUGUGAGAGCACCAGAUUACAGAGAUCAAUUGUUAAUGAUCAUGGAAAGCUAAUCAGUAGUUUGAAAAAUAAAAUAGUUGAACUUGAGAAUGAGAAGGUUAUGUUAAAGAAUCAAUCUACCGAUCUUCAGGAACAGCUGGAUGGUGUGCGUAUAAAGUCCCAGGACUCUGAAAAAGCACUUAUGGAUCUCUCGGAGCAGUAUGAUGCAGAAAAAUCAGAACUGCUAUUUAAUAUUGAAUUUCUUGAAAAGGAAGUCUAUUCCUUGUCAUCUUCUUCCUUGUCUAGAGAAAAGGAAUCAUUGAGGAAAGAUCUUGAGAAAACCAAGGCCAAGUUGAAAGAGACUGAGUCUAAGCUUAAAAAUGUCAUGCAAGAGAAAACUAGACUUGAGGGUGAGAGAGCUAAUGCUGAUAGAGAGAUUAAAAAACUGCAUAGUCAGAAGGCUUUUCUUGAGCGUGAUUUAAGCAAACGAGAUUCCCUUGCUGGUAGAAAGCGUGAGUCUUGUGUUGAUCGCUCCAGAGCCAUUGAUUCCAAAAGGAUAAAGGGUCAAGAAAAUAUCAUGCAACAGACUCUGCAGGAUGAUUACAAAAAGCUGGAAGUUCUUGCUUUUGAAAUGGAAACUACUAUUGCUUCUCUCGAAGAGGAGCUUGCUGCUGCAAAUCAAGAAAAGGAAAAACUACUUGCUACAAAUGAAAGUUUGAGUUCUGAAAUUGAGAUGCUUUCUGAAAAAUUUGAUGCGUCAAGCUCUGAUUUAAAUGCAUUGCAAGAAGAGCUCUUGGAUCUCAGAUUGAAGCUCGAGAAAUCUGAGAGCUCCAACCAGAAUUUGGAAAGCCAGAUUAAUCUUUUGGUUGAGGAAAAGGAAGAGCUAGCAAUGCAACUUACAAAUAGCCUCUUAGAAUUGGAGGAGGAAAGGGCAGUGUGGUCAGCAAAGGAAAAAGCUUCUGUUGAAGCUAUCAAAGAAAAAGCAAAUGUAUAUAAUGACGAGAUCACUUCAUUAUCUAAUGAGCUAGAAAGGGUGCAAAAUGAAAUGAUAUCGUUGAAGAAGGAAUAUGAGGCUCUACAACAGAGCCUGAAAUAUGCAGAGGAGCAUGCAGAGUCAAAGAUGAGAUGCAGCAUGGAGAAGCUAACAGAGAUCAAUCAACUAAAACACGCUCUUGAAGUUGUAGUGUCUGAGAAGGGCGAUCAUGAAGAACUGUUCAAGUCAAAGCUUGAUGCUUUAUCUUCGCAGCAUGGUCUCAAAUGUGAAGAAUUGAAAAGGACUGAGGCAGAGCUGGCUAAUCUUAAAAAAGAACAAGGAGAUCUAUUAUGUCGAAUAAAAGAACAGGAGCAAGAUGCAAAUUUGUCUAAUGACUUGCAGAAUUGCAAACGUGAGCUCCAAUUUAUGGUAGAAGAGAGGGACAAAAUGAAAGCACAAAUCGCUAAGAUGCUGGAAAAUGAGAUAGAUAUCAAACUUAUGGGACAAAAUUAUGAUGAGAAGUUAUUUACAGCACAACAUGAAGCAGAACAGCUUUCAAGGAGAUUAGCUGAACUGGAACAAACGAUGCGUGUGGAUAAAGUCAAGGAGAACAUCGAGAGAACGAAACAGCGAAUGCGACUCCGAUCAAUGCAAGCUAUAUUAGAUGCGCUCCGAGAGAGGUACAAGAAGGCGACUGAUGAGCAGGAAAUCAUGCACAAGAAAUUCGAGGAAGCUGCCACUAAAUUAAAGGAUCGGUUAGCUUCUUAUGCUUUAGAGGUGCUUAACUUGAAGAAGCAACUUGCUGAUGCUUGUUAACUUUCAUUGACUAUAUUUUGUGUAUACUUGAUUAGAUAUGUAGCGGAAAAUAACUCAUUUUAAGGGUCUAUUUUAGAUAAGUAGAUGAGUGAUUUUGGGAUGGGGUAGGUGAUUCCUUUUGUAAAUGAUGAUGGGUAGCUAAGAAAUUCCAUAAGUGAGUUUGUUGUUUAAUGCAUAUGAUUAAACUAAUCAAUUGAAUUAAUGAAAUGUAAUUCUUAUGAUUAUUGAGCUUGUGGUGAUCAAUUGGAUUCAAUCAUUGGAUCACAAGUUUCCCGUAAACUUACAACAA